AUGGCAUCACCAAAAAGAGUUGAGGAAUCGGCGCGUUUUUCGACAGGAACAUCAGAUGAAAUAGGACAUUCGAGUCGUCCUAUUUCCACACUUUUAGCCGAACUGAACCCGUUCGAUACGGGAGCUAAUACUCCCAUUCCAGAGCUGUCACGUCCAAAUAGCUCUUACGCAUCACAAAACCUCGGUCCGAAUCCCUCACAAUUGACGAGACAGUUAUCAACAGCAAGUAUAAACCGCAGGGGUUCAUACGCGCCAGUUGUUCCUUCCCCAUUGAAUAACUCUUCAUCACAUUCCUCUCUCAAUGGCAGCAACGGAAUUCUCUCAAACUCUGAUACUGUCUCGGUACGUGACUCUCAGUCUUCAGGAGAGGAUCAAAAUCGCAGCGUCGAUAGCACUUCUACACCAGUAAAAGGCAAGAGAAAUACAGUUGGGAUAAGUCCUCCUCAAAAAAUCUUACGACAAAAGUCUGCACAAGCAUUGUCUUCUUCCGGCACCGAAACGCCAAAGUCCUUGAAAGAUCUUGGUCGCGAUUAUUCGCGAUAUCCUUCAUCAAGCACGAACCUCGCGUCAAGCUCAAGGCCCUCAUUACUCAAUAUCUCAUCGGCUGCUUCGGAUGUUGCCCUACUACGAACAACCACCAAGAACCCGUUCAGCGACUCGCAAGCAGAUUUGGAAAAAUGGGGAUAUCCUGACGAUAGUCUUGGAGCAUUCGAUCCAUAUCAUGGGGGAGAAAAGGGUUUCAUACUUUACUCUAAUGAGCUGGAAGAUGAUGAUAGAAUCCAUAUGCCUGCAGAUGACGACGACAUAACUUACAAAACUAGAUGGUCGGAUUACUUCGGGCGUCGUCAAAUUGUCAAUACCAUGGGCGGCGCAAUUCUAGUACUUGGUCUUCUAUGUCUUUUCAUUCUUCUUCCAGUCUUGACUCUAGGCCGACAUUAUCUUACCCCCAGGGUAAAAGGAGUUGAUCCGAACGAUUUCGGACCAGCAUGGGCCCACGUCAACAACAGGACCUACCCACUGAUGAAAAACAUUAGAAAGACAUUGAUUGAUCCAGAUACACCAGCGAAUGCCAUGACCCGAAAGAGUACUUUUGAUUCGACGCAGCUGAAAUUAGUCUUCAGUGAUGAAUUCAACGAGCCGGGGAGAACGUUCUACCCAGAAGACGACCCAUAUUGGACGGGUGCAGAUCUCUGGUAUGGUGCAACUCAGGACUUUGAAUGGUAUGAUCCAGAUGCCAUUACCACUGCCAAUGGUACUUUGCAGCUCAGACUUGACUCUUUUCCUAACCAUGGGCUUCAAUAUCGAUCUGGAAUGUUGAACAGCUGGAAUCAAAUGUGCUUCAAGGGUGGCGUCAUGGAGGUCUCAGUAUCUUUGGCUGGACCUUCUGGAAUUCCUGGACUUUGGCCGGGUGUCUGGAGUAUGGGAAAUUUAGGUCGACCUGGCUUCAAAGCGACAACUGAGGGAGUCUGGCCAUAUACGUAUAAUGGCUGUGAUUCUGGAAUCACACCAAAUCAAUCUGAUUCAAGUGGACUUUCGUACCUUCCUGGUCAGAAGCUUGCGUCAUGUAUCUGCACCGGCGAAGAUCAUCCCAGUCCAGGAACAGGGAGGGGAGCUCCUGAAUUGGACAUCCUUGAGGGUUCAGUAGAUCCAAACAACAGAAUCGGGGUGGUCACGCAGUCUCUACAAGUGGCUCCCUUCGACAACUUUUAUCGACCAAACUCUGACUUUAUGGCAAUGCCUGACUACAACACUACUCAGAUGAAUGGCUAUUGCGGUGGUCCUUUCCAACAAGCUGUCAGUGCUACAACUCUGUUGAAUAAUGGUUGGUAUGAUGGCCUCGCUUAUCAGAAGUAUGCAUUUGAAUAUGUACCCGGUGCUGCACCAACUGGAAAGAUUGCGUGGUUUGUGGGCGAGAAUCCUUCUUUCAUCAUGGACAGCAGAGCCAUUGGAAAGAACGGAAAUGUUGGAGCCCGUCAAGUGCCUAUGGAGCCAAUGUCUAUGAUUCUCAAUCUCGGCUACAGUGCUUCGUGGACGCAGAUAGACGCGCCAAAUUUGAGAUUUCCGACAGUCAUGCAUAUCGAUUAUGUGCGAAUAUAUCAAAAAGCUGGCCAAGAAAGUCUUACUUGUGACCCUCCUGGGUACCCAACGACUCAGUAUAUCAAGGACCAUCCUAUUGCCUACAGGAAUCCUAAUGUCACUUCAUGGGCUGAAACAGGCUACAAAUGGCCGAAGAACAAACUUACGGGGUGUUAA